UGUUACAAAUGGCUACUUUGUGUUCGUCUUGUUAUUUGCCGUAUUUAAAUGUGAAUCACUCGUAAAUACUCUAAAAUGUAAUCAUGCUAAAUGAGACAAGAAUCUAGUAAGCCUCGUGCGUUAAAUAUUAUAAACUACUAGGGCAAGAACAACGGAAACUGCGAUGUCGUCCGAGAAGGCACCUGAAAUAAAGAGCAGGGAGAUCGAUAAAAUCAAACGUCGUCAUAAAACCGACGACACUGUUGUUUCAACGGUGUUUAAAGGCAGCGAGGAUACAUUGCAGCAUCCGAAAAUGGAUACAGCAGACGAGAACGCCGGCAAACCUACGGAACUAUGCCUUCAAAGCAACACUCAUCUCAUAUCUAGCACAACUAGCAGCCUGGCGGAUACGCCCGGUGAUUCUGGUGUGUUAUGCUUGGAUAGUGAAGCUUCGGAAGCUACUAGUCAGGCUCUCAUGUCGCACAGUCUCAUCGGAGCGGAGGAACUCACUUGCGAUAGUAUUUACGAUGCAGCGCCCUCCGGUUCUCAGGAUAUGAUCAAAAGCACCAACAGCAGUAUAAUGACUCGUAGUGAUAUAGACAACCAAAACGUCGGCGGGCCCGACGAUAUCGUCCCUGAACUUCUAGUCGAAGCACACACAAAGCCUAUGUACGAAAACCUACCAGAUGUUGUUUUGAAGGCCUUAGAAAGUGAAAAGGUUUGUACAGAGGAAACUAAAAAAUCUGCUUUAAGAAUGUCUGAACCUAAGAAAUCCUUGUCUGAAGACAUUGUGUAUAGGAGGAGGUGUCGAAAGAAGUCUCAAAGUGGUCCGGGCUCACAAAAGAAACGGGUGUCCUUCCAUGAGGACAUUUUAAAUAACACUAAAACAGACAAUAUUCAUAUUGAGAGAGGUUUUAUAUCUUACGGCCCUGAUAGCUCUUACUGUGAUAGAUUUAGGCAGCAAAACACUACUAAUGAUAGGUUCUCGUGGUGUGCUUCCGGUGAUAGGACACCCAAAUAUGCUAAAGAUGUGGCCAAGCAAACUAUGUCUGAUAUACUUACAUAUGGAGAUUCAAAACAUGAUAGGAGCGGAAUAUUUGAGUAUUGCCCAGUGUAUAGACAGAGUAAUGACGAUAAUAAAGACAGAGAUAACAACAAUGAACCCAAACCAAAUGGCAAGUUGUAUGACUGUGAUUCCAAUAGCUCAGAUUCCAAUUUCAGUUGUGAUUCAGAGUCAUCCUCUAGUGAAUCACUAUCCUCACACUCAAAUAAAACUGAGACAUUGCAGGUGCAUAAGAAAACUGACAAGACACAAAAAUCUUAUUCCUGUGAUGGGUUUGAAAAUAGUGGUCAUGUUGCAUUCAUAAGAAAAACUUAUUUCUCAGAAGCUGAUAUUGAUCAGUCCCAUGAUAGAAAGAAUAAACCACUGGAAGUAACGCAGAGUCCCAUUGCAGUAAAGUCAGUACUUAAGAAAAAGAGAUACAUCACUACCAAUAUUGUAGAGGAAAGAAAAAACAAUAAUAAAGUGUUAAACCUCCUUGAUGCACACAACAUAAUAGAUUCAUUGAAGAAUUUCUAUAAAAAUUUCAAUUUCAAUUUUGCCCCUGAAAAAGGCUUAGCAGAAUCGACUUUUGAAUUAAAUAACGUUGUAGAAGCUUUGCCCUGUGAUGUGAAUCAAAACAAAAAACUAUCAAAAAGCUUAGAUUCUGGUUUCCAUAUGGACGAUGAAGAUGAUUUUGUUGAAAUCAACUUGAACUCUCAACCUCUGGAAGCGGACAAACCAAAAGAAUUAUCCGGAUCUAAAAAUCCGGUUGCUGGUGACAGAACACCAAAUGAAGGAUCACCUCGGCACAAACUCACACUCAACAUGAAAAAUCAACUUGAUAAAAAACUUAUAAACAAAGAUAUACUACCCUCACUUAGUAAAUAUGUAGUUAACUGUGAAAGCACAGUAUAUGAGCACAAAGGUGUAUCUUACAGUUACGUCCAUGAUACAUUCCAAACAGCUUUCGAAGCACCAAAGGAAACAUUUGUACCCAUUCCAGAAUCUACUCCAGUAAAAGAGUUAAUAAUGUCUUCCAGCAAACAGGACUUGAGUUCAAAACAGUCUGAUAUCGAUAGCUCAAGUCGGACGUCAACACCAAAGCGUCAAUAUAACAAAAAUGUUCAAGAUGAAACAGAUCAGAAGAAUGGCCUGUCUAAACAUUUGUCUUCGCCCAAAAAACAAAACGUCAACAGAUACAGUCGCAAGUCAGCAUCAACAGUGCAACAGAAAACUGAAGAGCCACCACAACCGAUCAGCGAUAACUGUUCCAAUACAGAUAACUCUACGUUGAAAGGUGCCGACGAUUUCAAUGAUGAUUUCUUUGACAGCCCUUCAUUGCAGAAACUACAAACAAACAAGUCAGCUUUAUUGAGCAGAUACCUUAAAAAUGUUUGUCAAAGAAAAGACUUGGAGCUGAAAAUAAAGAACAAUAAAUUCUUUCAAUUCAAGAUACGAAUGGAGAGAGAGUUUCCGAGCAUUGUGUACCCGUUCAAAGACGUGUCGGAAACGUUCCCCAUUUCCGCGGCGAGGAUGUCCCGUCUCAUUGACAAGGAAAUGAUCGAGAACAAAAGGCUGUCGGUGCGAUUGCUGACAGCUGAGGAGCCGUCGUAUUUCGAUAGCUUCGAAGACAACGUCGCCAUUGAAUGCAAUGAAAAACUGAGGCUCCAGAUAUUUUCGUACCCAAACGAAACUUUAAAUAGGAUGAUGAAAGUCCAAUCACCAUACAAUAUGGAGGAUGGAUCGUGGACUCCUCUGCUAGUGUUCAUAACAGACUAUGCUCUCUAUGUAGCCAGUGUGAGGCCGGGCGGUACAGAAUACGAUAUUCUGUGCAGAUUGCCACAUAAUGAAUUGGAUGCUAUAGCGGUUGGUCCAGAAGCGCAAUAUAUCCAAGUGAUAGAUAUAGCCGGCAACAUUGCUUGUUCUGUCGUGACCGGCGAGUCGAGUCUCGGCGCAAGACUGGCGUCAUCUCUGGAGUGGAGUGCAAGAAUAUCGCCGCUGAGGAUCCAACGCCCGCCUGCAAUGUUGCCGCUAAAUUGCCGACAUCUUGCUUCAGCGGUCACUAGACAGAGGCAUGAGAAGAGGGUGCCACCGAUCCUAUUCUAUGGUCGCGCGUGUUCUGGUGACGCAGAAGACAGACUCAUAGAAGCCCCCGGCGCGUUUGCGCCGCCUCUCGAAGGGUACUUGAUGUGCAAGACGGAGAAGAGCAAACGCUUUGAGCCCUGCUACUUCUUACUAAGGGCCGGAAUCCUCCACUGGGGUCCACAUUCACCGGACGGCACCCCCCUGCCUAACAACAUAUCCCUGCGCACAGUGGUGGGGGUAAGGAGACACGUGGACUCGUCCCGGAGACCACACUGCUUCGAGAUAGCCCUGGUUGACUCCAGCAGGCUGUUGCUGGCAGCUCCUGAUGAUCCUACUGCUUCCUCGUGGUUGCAAUCGUUGCUUCUUCACGCUGCCCAGGCCUUAGAAGAAAAAGAUGGUGCGAAGAAGACAGACCUCCGUACAGGCGGCCCCCCGCCCGCUUGCACCGUGCUGGUGACCCCGUACGAGGUCAUCAGCCUACGGGACACUUUAGACCUGGCCUUCGUAGCCGGCGCCGCUGCGUACCUCAAGGAUAGAGGCUCUGACGCUUUGCUCAAAGAAUACAUUGAAGAGAUGCGGACAGACAUCGAGAUAUUGGCGUGUGGAUCGAUAAAAAACUUGACAGCUUUCAAAAUUCCCGACACUGAUGAAAAUUGGUGUUGCUUGGAGUGGAGCGUGUGCGAGGCGCGCGAGCGCGGCGCGGGGCUGGCGCUCGUGCUGUCGAGCAGCGCCGAGCUGGAGCGACUCAUCGCCGCGCUCGAGCAGGCGUACGCGCAUCUCACUCACGAGCCCUUCCCCCUAAGCGUGGUGGAGGCGACCAAGUCCGCCUGCAGCGCCGCGCACGCAAAGUACGAGGCCGCGUGGUCGCAUAUGUUGCCGCAACAGUGAACAUUCUUAGUUUAAUCGUUACUCCGUGAUUCGUGAGUUAUGUUUACAUCAUUUUUAUUGAAGUAAAACUUCUUCACGCACGACAUAGGGAGUAAGCUGGUGAAUGCGUUACGAAAAGUGUGAUCGGCCGAGGCGAACGGACUUUAGUGAAAAUAUAAAGAUAGUUACGUUUCGACAGAGGAGUUUUACUUCAGUGCACACUCGUUAUUUUUUUAUCUGUAUUGAUUAUUUUUGCAAGAAAUACACAUAGACAACAAAUAAUUUCUAUAAAACCAAAUGCUACUAAUGCUUUUUAUAUUAUUGUUAUUUACGUACUUUGACGGAACCACUUUAAUAUUAAUACACAGCCGUUUUAACUGAUUUCAAAAAAGAAAAUUUCUCAAUUCGACCGUAUAUACAUAUAUUUUGUUAUAUAUUUUUUCAAUUUAAUAGUUCUUAAUUUGCGACUACUUUCUAUCGAAUAUCGAAUAGGUGAAACUAUAUUUUUUUUAAAAAGGCAAUUAACGUUUACUCGCUUCUCUGGAGUGCGCGACUCUAUCAUUAUAUACAUUGGAGGAACGCUACUAUGAAACAGUUCUGUAAAUUACACAAAAGUAACCAUAUGCCUGAUAUUUAGUGUAAUACUCAUAUAUUUGUGUCACAAAUAACUAAAUAUUAAAUAUAUUGAUACACGCUACGUUAUAUUAAGCAAUAUAAUAAUCGAAAAAAUUCAAUGGUAUUUAUUAUAGUGUAGUCAACCUAUUCUGGGAUGUUAUUUUCCGACUGUGUAAGUGACGUAAGCUCCUUAAUGGGACUUCAGUGACGUCACAGGGGGGGUAGGGACAGAAGCAUCCCCUGAUGGGGUCUGAAAGCAGAAACAGAAUUUAAUGUAUAGCUUGGCAAAUUCGUUCGUACCACUCCAGAUGGUCCGGGAGGGGUUAGCGGUACCCCGCGCGCAUGACUUCACACCCGCGCAGUCCUUUCCCCCCGUCGCCCGCAUAUCAUGGGAGUUUCAACAAUGAACUUGCCAAGCUAUAGUGGUGCAAGGAUAAUACUCAUGCUCCCAUAUUCGUAAACAUGGAUUCAGAUUGAAAUCUCAAUUUUCUUCAAAGUAAAAUGGACCUAAUCACAACUGUUUAAAGCUUACUUUACUUUAAAAAAAAUUGUAGUUUAAAUCCUAAUCGAUGUUUAUAAAUAAGACCGCUUCAGUUUAAACACAAAUGUGUUUAGUCUGUCAUCUUACUACAGCCAAAGUUGAACGGACUUCCUGAAAUAGAUUGACUGUACUCUAUUAGUAAUAUGUCUAAAUACGAUUCUAAAAUAAUAUACGGAAAUAUACUAUCAAAAAAGAAAUAAUCAAUAGCUAGAAAAGUGAAUAUAUUAUCAUUGCUAUUAUAAUAAAACAUUAACAUUGGACUAUUCACUGAUUUAGUGAGCCCUAAUUUAGCGAAUAGUUUAAUUGAGUAUAUGCAAUAUAUUCACAGUAAUAUAUAUAUUUUGGCAGCUAAAUUAAUCUAUAAAUAAUACAUUUAUCAUUUAAGGACCAAAGGCAGCUAUAGUGCAUGAUAUAAAAAUCUAUUUGUAUUCAAUGCUUUGUUCACUAACCUCUGCGCAAUAUAGCUUUAAACAUAACCUCUAAAACGAAUAUAAUAAUCCUCAAUGAAUGAUAAACGAGUGAAAGAGUUAAAAAAAACGAUUUGAUAGCACAAUAUAAUUUAACUGUUUAUUUAGAGGCACAAUUAUCCGCCCACUUCAAUAUAAUCGCGUCACAUUAAAGUGGGCAGAUAAUUGUGCCUCUUCAUAGUUCAACGUUUAAAAAAAAUCAUCAAAUAUUAGAGAAUAAUACUUAGUAUGCAACGUACUUACGUGUUACUGGGUAGAUAUAUCGUAAGAUUUCGUAUAGACUUAGAUUACGCAUUAUUAUUUAAAAUUAAUGAAAAUUACAUAUACAAGACACCUAUCCAAUAGUGAAACUGGAUAGAGAUGUUAAAUAACUUAGUAAAAGUGUAAAUCUGUGAGGCACACUUAUCCGCCCACUUUAUAUGACGCGAGUAUUUUAAAGUGGGCGGAUAAUUGUGCCUCUGAGUAUAUAUAAACGCGCGAAUAUAUUGCUAAUAGACGAACGUUUGGACUAGUAACACAAUUGAAUUUAAAUAUCGAGUUGCUCAUACAGAUAUAUUUGUAAAGUAAAAAAAACAAUAGUAAUACUCGUUUGGGUAAGUUGAAUUGUAAUUUUUUUCUACUUAAUUCACUAUUUUGGGUAUGGUCAUGGACGUCAUUAACAAAUGCGAAUAAAUCUUUCAAAAGGGAAAGGAGAUAGUCUCAUGUUGUUGGACGCUAUCUUUCCCUUAAGGAAAUUGAAAUAUUUCAAGUGUGGUGGUGGUGUGUGUGUGGUAAACUUGAAAUAUACGAGGUAGCAAAUUAUAUAUUCGAAAAGAGUACAUUCAAUUGUUUUCUAUUCACCAUUUUUCGAAAUUUCAGUUAACUUUCAGACAACCCAUUUUUGAUCACAAAACUACUUUUUGUCACUAGUUUGUAUAUUCGCGCGUUUGUUUCAUAUUUUGGGAAUAUUCUGUACAUAGUUUCAAGAGUUAUUUUGCAUGAAUGAACCUCUCCCAUAAUAUGUUUCGUCAUUAAAAUCUGUCUGAAUGAGUCUGAAUAAAUCUUGGUUGUUAUACGAACAUAAAGCUUAUUAAUUCCAUAGAAGAAUUGUCUAUUCUCAGGUCCAUAUAAGUAUAUCUUUUUACUACUUAAUAUAUUCCAAAUAUAGUGUAUGGUGAUCUGUACUGCUAUAUAAGUUAAAAAAGAAAAUAAUAUAUAAUUUAUAUUAAAAUGCUCUAUGAAUUUUGUGAGAUAAGUAUAAUGAUAAUUGAUCAUAAAUAUUAGUAAAUUAAAACAUGAAAUUUGUGUUAUAUUGAUCUUUUAUGAAAUCUUUCUCAAUAGUCUUUUUUUUGAAGUUUUUCCACAUUGGCAUGUCUAAAUAGAGCACAUAAAAUUUAUUGAAUUAACUAAUUAAUUACACAUUGGUUUAACUUAUUAAUUUAGUUAAUUUAUAAAUUUUAUGUGCCCUUAUAUCACAUAUUAUAAUUAUAAUACCGGCUAAAAUAAAAUUGGUAAAUGCGGUCUUAUUGUCCUAAUAAAUUAUGCAAUGCUGUUAGAGGUUAUUUGAAUCCAAUCAGUAUCCCAUUAAUUGUGGAUCAAGUACCAAUGUGGAAAAUUUUCACUGCUUUUUUAUUUAUUGAAAUUCGAAUAUUAUCAAGAUAUUAAAUAUUUACGAUUAGUUUGUAUUGUAACCCGGAUGUUUUGAUGAGAUGACAUUGGCAACUCUUCUCGUAGAUUAAUCUCAAUUAUUAUGUUAAAAAAAGAGAUAAUACAAGCUCGCCUAAACGCGUAAAGACAACAAUUUCAUAAAUGUUUUAGGUGUAUAGCAAAUGUAUAUUGCGAGCAGAGUUAUCAACGUCUAAAAAGAGAAAUGACCUUGAAUGUGAAUAAGACCACGAUCUUAUUUAAUCUUAGGCUUUGAGUUAAUAAUAUUAUAAUUUUAUGCUGAAAAUCUAAAUUAGUCGUCAAUGUUAUUUUCAAUAAAUCCGCCAAGAGUUUGCAACCACUGUCAUCGAAUUAUGUAUAGUACGUUUAACAAGACGAGAUAAAUUACAUAAACACUUUGACCGUGUGAAAUGCUUACGAGUAGGUACAUGCGAAAGCGAGAGACAAAUGAUCUCUGUCUGUCUUUUGUAAGCAAUAUCAUCAAAAAUGUUGUAAAUUUUUUUACAUACUUUGUCUCGCCUCGUUAAACUUUCGUAGUUUGUGUGACGAUUAAUGGUCGACAAGUUGUCAGCCUAUCAUACGUCAUAUCAAAUAACGUCACGAUUUACACUUGCAGGUUGCAAUACAUUUGAUAAUUUGUUAAGACGAGAAUUUCGGCAGGUAAGUCGUGAAUUGUAUGGAAUCAGGAAUGGGAUUUAAUGGUUUGCAUGGGAUCAGGAAUAAGAUUGAAUGGUUUGUAUGGAAUCAGGAAUGGGAUUGACUGGUUUACAUUUACAUCCAUAUGUCAAAGAUUCAGUACGAUAAUGGUCUAAAAAGAAUUUGGAUUAUUCUGGAACUUGUGCCAACGUUUGAACAAGUUCUCUUUACGAUCCGCCUUGAGGAUGAAAUGUUGUAUUUUUGGGGAACGCGUAGUUCAUUCGCAAGUUUCCACGGAAUAAAGCGCUUUUUGCGGUGUGCGUCGCUUGGUAGUUUUUGUAUGUGAAAAAGGCAUUUUUUUUUCGCGAGCCUUAUUUAGCUUUAAGAUUUAAAGCUAUUUUAAUGGUUUCGUUGAUUUUUUUAAUAAUUAUUAGUGAUCAACUUUGAUGUUGUUUAAUGGAAUGGAAAUACUCGAAUAUGUUUUAUAUUUGUUGGUAUUUAAUCUGUUAUGUAUUUAGCAGAGACUAAAAAAGAUAGACGGAGUUUUUUCGCAAUUCCAGUGGUGAUGAAUUUAUUUAAUGCUUAACAAUACGUAGGCACCAAAAAUAUAUUCCUGAGCAACUCUGACUGAAGCGUGAAUAAUGUGAUAUAUUAAUAAUAUCGCCUUACAACAUUGUCAAUAUCUUCGUUCUUCAAAGCAUAUUAUAUAAUAUACUAAGUGGGCGUAAUUACUACGUGAUACGCAGCUUUCAUAAUAUUUUACUUGUCAAAAUAGAGACAUUCAGAUAGUAAUCGUAAAACAUAAUAAAGUAGGAAGAAAAUUUAUUUUCUAUGGUUGCCUAAUGACCCGCAUUAAAGUAACUGUCAUAACACUAAUUCUUCUUGGAAUCGAUCCGAAUAAUAACAUGAAUCUGUUUAUAUAGAGGUCUCCACAGUAUCUUACGAGUAGUAUAAUUUGUGACUAUAUGAAAACCGAUAGAAAUCUUGGCAAAAAGUUUUCUCGACAGCUAGCGGUUUCAUUUUAAUACGCUGUGCCGUCUAUCUUUUUGCUUCUAGUCUAAGAUAUAUAAAUGAAUAAUAUGGAAUAAUGGUUGUUUCAAAUGCUUUCUACACUGUUACCUAAAUAUCAAUGUAUGAUAUCAUUGUAUGUGUAUAUUGGGCCGCUGUAGGCCGUAUUGUGAUAUUAAUGUAUUAUAAAACGUAGGAUUAGGAUCGAGUGUGCCUCGGAAGCUUAACACUGGCGCGAAUACGUUUGUAUGCAAGUCUCUUAAAUAUCUGUCAGGUUUAGAAGAUAUCUCUUCAGAAAAAGUAUAUUCUUAUCAAUUUAAGACGUAAGGAAUAUACUUUAAAUAUAUACUUGUCACUUAAAGACGUUUUUGGGUACAAACGUAUUAGCGCCAAUAUCGUAGUAAAGCUUAGGUUACAAUUUUGUCAUUGUUCUGUUUUGAAAAACAACUUCAUCAAAUAUAUUUCAGCGCAUUGUAAACUAAACCUUACUACCGAUGAUAAUAUGUAGUAAAUUCGCAUGUAAUUGUAUUUUUAAUACAUCAAAGCUUGUUUUAUGUAUGUUAUGUAUCCUGCUGGACAGUAAAUAAUAUAGGUGUAUAAUUGUGGGCAAAACGCAUAACUCCUCGUUUGCGAGGGACAGGUGUGCGCCUAAUGCCGGCUCCACAUUAGUGGCGUGAAUUCACGCGCGAAUUCUCGCCAUGAAUUCACGGCAAGAGUCCAUGCCCUCGACAUUCACAGGUUGCUCACAAUCGUUUGAAACCCGCCGCGAAAUGGACGUAGAAUCUGCUGCAGCAAUAACUUUGUUUGCUGUGUCAAUAUACCAAUGUUCAGAUGGGUCUGUUUUUGUCCCGUGACAAAGGGUUCGCGCCUCCUUCGCGCGUUCACGCAUACACAUCCACAUUCACGGCCCAUCUAAAUAGUGGUAAAGUUACACGGCAAACGAAGUUAUUGUUGCAGCAGAUUCUACGUCCAUUUCGCGGCGGGUUCCAAACGAUUGUGAGAAACCCGUGAAUGUCGAGGGCUUACGUGGAGGGCAUGGACUCGUGCCGUGAAUUCACAGCACUAAUGUGGAGUCGGCAUUAUAUGUACACUGUGAAAUGGUUGUCUAUAUAUAGCUCUCUUUUCGUUGCAGUGGAGUAAAAGAGAACGAUAAGUAGACAACUUAUACAUAUGGAAAUAAGUGGGAUAUAACUGGCAGAGCUUAAUCGGUAACACAAAGGCUAUCAACAUCGAACAAUGUUGUGAGCUCAAAUAAUACCAAUAUAUAUUUUUUUUUAUUAUUCUUUACAAGUUAGCCCUUGACUACAAUCUCACCUGAUGGUAAGUGAUGAUGCAGUCUAAGAUGGAAACGGGCUAACUUGUUAGGAGGAGGAUGAAAAUCCACACCCCUUUCGGUUUCUACACGACAUCGCACCGGAACGCUAAAUCGCUUGGCGGUAAGUCUUUGUUACAUUUUGCUUACUAAAUAUGUUCAAGAGGUUUUUCGCCCAUGUCGUCAUCAUGAAAGAUUUUCAAGGUUUCGGAGCCUAUUCGUUACAAACAUACAAACAAAAAGUCUUACCUCUCGGUAUCGCGCGGUCGAGGACUCCCAGUUAUGCGCUCUGCCCAUAGUGUUAUACUUUUGAGGCGCUUUUAUGUAAGUUUAUAAUCUUUGGUUUUAGCCAAUCGCAAUAUAUCAGCUUUGUCAUUCAUAAUAAUAUAUACAUAAUAAUUAAUUUUAUUCAAUUAUAUUUUUUUAUUUUUACAUUUUAAUUGAACUGUCAUUUACUGCCGCGCUGUAUAAACUUAAUUUAAAUCGGUAAUAAUAAUUAGAUCGUUUUAUUUUUAUGACUUAUUUUUAUUAGAAAAAUCUAGCUAUAUCUUACUACCUAUAUAAUAUGGUUAAAUUAUUAUUGUUUAUACUUUUUUAUUUGUAUGAAAUGUGUUGUAGUUUUUGUGUGUGUUACAUAUAAAAUCAGCGAAACAAGAUAAAGAAUGCAUAACUAAAGGCUUUCAUUUUAUAACUUAUUUGAUAUCUCUUAUCUUAAUAUCUACAUGCUCUAGAUUUGUUCAGAGCCUUAACUACCAGGUUAUAGGUUGAUAGGGAAAACGGAAUAAUAAUCAUGUUAAAAAAUAACAAAAAAUGGCUAUAAUUACUUUUUGAAAUAACGUUAUUUUUUACAUUAUGUAAUAUUGUAAAAAAUUAUUAUGUUUUCUUUUUGUAACAAUUUUUUUUACAAAAAAAACAUAAUGAAAUUACAAGUACUGAGACAUCAUAGUUAAAGAAUUGAUGAUUAUUAUUUCUUUUUUAACCGACUUCCAAAAAGGAGGAGGUUCUACGUUCGGCUGUAUGUAUGUUUUUUUUUUUAUGUAUGUCCAGCAAAAAUUCCGUCAUUUGUGGACCGAUUUUGAAAAUUCUUUUUUUGUUUUAAAGCGCUUGAUUCCAGGGUGGUCCCAUUUUUAUUCUGUACAUGUUAGCCCUUGACUACAAUCUCACCUGAUGGUAAGUGAUGAUGUAAUCUAAGAUGGAAACGGGCUAACUUGUUAGGAGGAGGAUGAAAAUCCACACCCCUUUCGGUUUCUACACGACAUCGUACCGGAACGCUAAAUCGCUUGGCGGUACGUUUUUGUCGGUAGGGUGGUAACUAGCCACGGCCGAAGCCUCCCACCAGCCAAACUAUAAUAGUUUAUUUGUAUUCUAUAUCUCGUUUCGUUGGCUUUACUUCACUGGAGUAAUGUUAAUAUUCUGUGAUUGUUAUUUUACCAUUUGUGAUUACUUUUUGGACUUUUAUUGUUAGUCAUUUUGGGCUUUGAUCGCUUGAGACUUGUGAUUUUUUUCGCCAAAAAUUGUUGUCCUGUUGAGAUGGAAAUGAUUUAUGGAUUUUGUAAAGAAAUUGAUCAUUGUAUUAUUUUUUUAUAUAACUAGUUAUUUUGGUAAAUUCAGUCGAUGUGAGGAAAAGUAAUAAAGUGCAGUCUCUUUUAAACUAUGGACAGACUUAACUGUAAUUGUAUCCAUUUACAAUUACAGUUAAGUCUGUCCAUAAUUUAAAAGAAGAAUAGUUUAAAAGAAUGUCCAUAGUUUAAAGGAUCAUCUUAUGUGAGUAUUUAAAAAAAUGUUCCAAUGGCAAACUGUGUUUGAAUUAGAAUUUCAAAAUUGCAAACACUAAAUGAUCUUUAAAAUUGCUGUAAAGUAUGCUAAUUUUGAACACUUAAAAUUUACUUUCAUGCUAGAGAAAUUCGACGGACAUUCUUUGAUACAGAGAUGGUUGUCCUUACAUCUUCUAAAUAUGUACAAUUCUUUAAUCAAAAAAGAGUAAAUUAAUAACAAAACAAAUUAUUUUUUACAAAUCUAAAAUUAUUUCCACCUCAACUGUACUGAAAUGUUACUAAUGUUUAUAUGCCUAGUUAAAUUUAUACGUUUUUCGAAUAUUACUAUUUAUUGGCAAUUGUUUCUCUUGGAAAUGCUGUUGUAUUAUAAAGUUUCUUAAUGGUUGUUUCUCACAGUACCUGUUAGUGCGAACUGAGCCGACUCCUCAACCUAAUAUAAAGGUCACGAAAUAUCGAAAACCGCUUGAGGUAGAAAGAUGAAAUUUGGCAGAGAGGUAGUUUAUAGUUAUUAGAUAUCCGCUAAGAACGAGUUUUGCGACAGGGUCGGAUUAAGGAAGUUUAAGGGCGGACGAAAUCGCGGGCGUCCGCUAGUUUAUACAUAUUCGUGAUACACGCAGCGUGCUAUGGAAAUAAUCGCGAGAAUUCAAUAAAUUAGAGUAAAUCAUAAAAUGGGAAAGAAAACAUUUAAAAUAAGAUUUUUUGUGGAAAUAAUGAACUUACAAAAACCAUCUGUUCCAUCAUUACUGUGACAGAUGCUCGUAUGGUUAAUUGUAAAUGUCAUAGAGAUGAUGAUCAAGCAAGUUUCGAAUUGUAAUAAACUAAAGUUAGAUUUCAGGUAUUUUAGAUCGACCAUUUGAAUGUUGCGUUGUUUUGAAAUAAUACAACUGUAUAUUAACACUUUCGCUAUUCCGCGCGUUUUAAAGCAGCUCAUAAUUCAUAAUUACAAGUACUGUGAGAAUUCAUCCUAAAGGCCAGCGUUAGCGAUCAAACUGACAAACUUGCUUGUCAAACUUGACUUUUUCUUAAUGCAUACUUCAAACAAGUUUGAUCGUAUACGUGGUCCCUAAUUGACAAUACGUUUGUACGUGUCCAGCUCUAAGAAGUAUUAAUAUAGAACAAUAAAAUCUAUCGCCUGUAUUAUUAGUAGGGGCAUCUGUUUUUUGAAAUAAUUACAAAUAAUUUUCGCAAUAGUCGAACACAUUGUAUAAUACAAUUUAGAUGUUUAUUACUUAUGUGUAUAUUCCGUGAACUUUUUCCAAAUAGAAUUGAAAUAAAUAAUUGAAUAACCUUA